GUGCGUGUCUGCGAUGAUAAAUAACUUAAAUCUUGAUGACAACUGACAACACUGUGUCAAUGAACUCGGUUAAUCAAAAGUUUCGGAAUCUAGUGUCUUGUUUAAAGUGUUUUUCGAGCUUUGUUACCUACGGGAAUCGUUUAAAUAACGCCUGGGGAAGGUGUCGUGGCAUAACGGCAUCAUGGCUGUUCUCGGUCGCUUGCCAACUCGUUUUACCACUCGAAAAUCCGUAAAAACACCCUUUCCGUGUGUUUAAACUCCCAAACACGGUCCCUGGUUAAGGUAUUUCGGGUUUCCGAGGCCUGGAAAGGUGGAAUUUCGCUCGAAAACCAGUCGAAAGUGUUGCUUAACAAAGACGUUGGUCGGUUUCAAAAUGGUUCCCGUUCGCGACAGACAAAGCACACUUGUACGUGUCGGACAAAUUCCCGGUUUUUAGUCCCGGUUUUGGGCGAAAUUGUCGCGGAAAUGCGGUGGACGCACGUAUCCGUAUUGUUUACUUUCAAAUAAAUCCCGCCUUUUGCUAUUUGAAUUUUGAUUGAUCUUUACCGACUAGCGGUCGCUGGGUAGUGGAGGGGGCAGAUAUAAUCGGCGAUGUGCACAUGUUUUCCAAGGAUAAGACGGUGUUUUUUCGAUUUGUUUUCAGUACAGUUUCGUGUUUUCGUAUGAUUUUUGUGAUUGUUGCAUUGCUAGGUUAUUUGUUUAGUUGCCGUUUCAAGUCUCGCCGAAGGCGUGCGACAAAAUUGAUGGUUUCUCGGCUAGGAUUAUGCGAAAGGUACCAAAAUGAACUGCCCAAAAAGAUCAAGUCCCGAGGGAAAGACGCACAUAUGGUUCACGAGGAGCUGGUCCAAACGAUGAAAUGGAAACAAAUUAGGGGAAAAUUCUACCCGCAGCUCAGUUAUCUGGUCAAAGUGAACACUCCCCGUAUGGUGAUACAAGAGACGAAAAAAGCCUUCAAAAAACUGCCCAACUUGGAACAAGCCAUCACUGCACUUAGUAAUUUGAAGGGUGUCGGCACUACCAUGGCUAGUGCACUCUUAGCCGCCGCCUGUCCAGAGUCUGCGCCGUUCAUGGCCGACGAAUGCCUCAUGGCCAUCCCCGACAUCGAGGGCAUCGACUACACCACGAAAGAGUACCUGAAGUUCGCGCAGCACAUAGGCACAGUGGCGGAAAGGUUAAAUAGCGACGCGGAGAGAUCGAACCAUUCGACGCGCUGGUCGCCUCACAAGGUCGAGCUCGCCAUCUGGACGCACUACGUCGUAUCAGAACUCAAACCGGAACUCUUAGACGAUGUUCAAAUAGAAAAUGGCACCAGCAUCCCUCCAGCCCUAGCUGCCCUUCACCAAAACGGCGAUUCGUUAGAUGCGGACGCCACUGUCACGUCAGACGAAAGUAAUUCAGCAGGUGGAGUACCCCCGUUGAACGGUAAGUCUUCUGCGCCAGCGGCAGCAGUACCCGCCUCAGCCCUCGAUGACGACACCAGGGACACGACGGCCUCGUUCGCGGACACGGACAACGGAAGUCCGGCAGUGUCCGCGGAGGAAGAACUAGGUGAAAAUUCAAUGUCGGCGUCCAGCGUUAGCGAAUCAACAGUACAGGACGACGAUUCCAACAGUAUCCAGAGCUUGAGCGCGAAGAGGCCGCUCGAGGUGCCCGACGGCCCCCCCUCAGCGAAAAAGGCGCGGGAGGAGGCCAAGUGACGUCACACCGGCCUCCCGCCCCCAACCACGCGCUCCGCUAGACUUUUUAAUUCAUCUAAGUAAGAGACAGAGACAGAAAGAGAGAGUAUAAGCUUAGGAUUUAACUAUUACAUGAUGUUAUAUAUACUACCUAACGUGUAUAGAACCAGGCAAGACACAGUGUUACCUUUUUUAAUAAAAUAGACCUUUUUCCGUAUAUUCACAAUAGACAUACACACACCGUCAAUACAGCAUAAUAUUGAUUGCGAUUUAUUUUUUUAUCUAUCGAUUGAUUAGUGGUUUUGUAAGAAAUUGUUGUGAAGACACGGCGAUAGAGAACGCAGGACAGGACAAUGUAUCACACACGAAGCCAUCUCAAUUAAUUAUUAUUAUUAUUGUUUUAGUGAAACGCCGCUAGGUAUGCAACUAAAAUUACACCUAAUCUUGACAGCGUACAGCUUGAUUUUUAUGCGUCUUUUAUCUGUUGAUACGAUGGUCCGACGCGCGACGGCGCUCUGAUUGGUCAUAGCGUUUUCGCGCCACUUUUCAUCCGUAAAUUUUUUACUCCAGCUCGUCGACGAAGAAAGAUCGUACGACACUUUUUUGACAAAUUUAAUUUAACCUUAAUAAAAAUAUAAUAGUACAAGAGCAAGCAACGUCGGGAAAACGAGAAUUUUAUGAAAUCUGGUUCUUUAACUUAUUGCUAUGCUCUCCUGAUCAAAGUGCGGGCCGUCUGGCUGCCGGUAGAUUACUGCGCAUCACAUCUGUACAGGGUAUCCUGUUUCAAUUCAAAUUUUCGUGUAUUUUAUGGGAUUUCUCGUUUACGAGUAGAGAUACAAUGAUGCGAUUUUCACAUUACUUUGCUACUUUUUUAUGAAACUACAUAUGCUACACAUAGGUUUGUCCUAGCCUCCUUAGUUCUUGAAAUACAGGGCACAUUUCUGAUGCGCAGUAGUGAGCAGAUAUUGAAUAAAGAUAUGAUGCGCAAUAGUGAACACAACGUCUACCGGCGGCCAGACGGUCCGCAAACGGUAGUAAGGGUAGACGGUAGCAAAAGAUAUAUUA